AGACGAUGGAAUCAACCAACUUCACCUAAACAAACCCAAUAUGAAAAUUGACACUUUGCCACAUGACAGAAAGAAAAGUAGUUAUGAACGUUACAAACCAGCGGGUAUUGUAAUUUGUAAGCUAUGUUUCUCCUUUCCGAGUCUAUAAAUACAAACAAACACUGGGUGGUCUUUACAUUUAUUUAGGUGUGGGUAACAAUUUCAAACUCCUUUCCUCAUUUCAUUCAAGGAAAUUCAAGAUCUUCCCUCUUCAAUUCCCACCGACAUCACUUCAAUUCGCCGUACAUGGGAUCUGUUACCGACACAACAAACAUGGAAGCUGAAAACAAGACUACUGUCAUUUUUGUACUGGGUGGCCCCGGCAGUGGGAAAGGAACCCAAUGUGCAAAUAUUGUUGAACAUUUUGGAUAUACUCAUCUAAGUGCUGGUGACCUUUUACGAGCAGAGAUCAAAUCUGGUUCUGAGAAUGGAACUAUGAUCCAGAACAUGAUCAAAGAGGGAAAAAUUGUACCAGCUGAGGUGACUAUAGGGCUUCUUCAAAAAGCUAUUCAGGAAAGUGGGAAAGAAAAAUUCUUAAUUGAUGGCUUUCCUCGUAAUGAGGAGAAUCGUGCGUUGUUCGAAUCAAUUACAGGAAUAGUACCAGAAAUUGUUCUGUUUUUUGAUUGUUCGGAAGAGGAGAUGGAGAAGCGGCUGCUAGGCAGGAAUCAGGGGAGGGAAGAUGAUAAUAUUGAAACAAUAAGGAAGCGUUUCAAGGUAUACAUGGAAUCCAGUCUCCCCGUUAUUCAGUACUAUGACUCUCUUGGAAAAGUUAGAAGGAUUGACGCAGGAAAACCGAUAGAUGCUGUAUUUGAGGAUGUAAAAGCAAUUUUUGAUAAGGUUGCGGCCUAAAGGUCUGAAAGCUUAGAGGUUGCAAAGAAUGUCAAGCAUGAGUUUUAUUUGGAUACUAUAUAAUUCAUUGUAACAUUAUUGAAGAUUUACUAAAGUUGUGUAAGUUCAAACACAAAGCGUUCCUCCUUUUUGUGGCAUCUCCAGCGAUUUGCUGUUAGAGGAAGCCAUCCUAUUGUCAUUCAAUGAGUUGAGCAAGUGCAUUGAGUAAUGUAGUGCCGACAAUUAUUUCCUAUACAUGUUUUUUUAUGAUUUACACGUCAAUUUAUUUAGGUGCAUCAAGUCAUUUAAAUUUA